GUGGGAGCUGUCUACCGCACAUCAAAUCCCAAGGUGUUAGAGGCCCUGGAGGUGCUGCGGCGUGACUUUGAAAGGACUACGUGCAAGCAGAUUCGCACGUAUGGCGCCCCCGGAAUCCUCAACACAUUGGUAGUCGUCGUAGCUAACACCGAGGCAACUGCCAAACUUAAUGCCACUUCUGACGAGGAUGAACUCCGCUUCAGCCGGCGGGGCUUCUAG